CCAACUUCCAGCCAAUUGGAGCCCAGGAUUUCCCAUCCAGCUCCUGCAGCCGCCUUUGACUCCGCCCCUCUCCUCCAGGAGCCAGCCGGGGCGGCCCCAGUCAGUGCAAAAUGCUGGGCAUGUACGUGCCGGACAGGUUUGCCCUGAAGUCGUCUAAAGUUCAGGACGGGAUGGGGCUCUAUACGGCCCGGAGAGUGAAAAAGGGUGAAAAAUUUGGCCCGUUUGCAGGAGAAAAGCGAAUGCCUCAAGAACUGGAUGAAAACACAGACUGCAGACUGAUGUGGGAGGUUCGAGGGAGUAAAGGCGAGGUCCUUUAUGUUCUGGAUGCUAGCAAUCCACGAUAUUCUAACUGGCUGCGUUUUGUCCAUGAGGCACCAUCACAGGAACAAAAGAACCUGGCUGCCAUCCAGGAAGGUGAAAACAUUUUCUAUCUCGCUGUUGAAGAUAUUGAAACGGAUACAGAGCUGCUGAUUGGCUACCUUGAUAGUGAUAUGGAAGAAGCAGAGGAGGAGGAGGAGGAGGAACUGAUCCUUAACCAAGAAGAUGAAGACAAUACUACUACUACUAAUAAUAGUACCAACGGCAAUAAAGAACUACAACAAGCUGGUGAGAAAGAUUCUCUCAGCUGCAAAGAGGACCACACAUGUCCAAAUUGUGAAUCCAGUUUUGCCAGCCAGGAGAUCCUAGCUGAACACCUUCAGACGCUGCACCAAAAACCUAGUGAGGAAAAGGAAUUUAAGUGCAGGAACUGUGGAAAGAAAUUCCCAGUUAAACAAGCCUUACAAAGACAUGUCCUUCAGUGCACAGAGAAUGUCAAUCCAGGAGACACUUCGAGAAGUUUUCAGUGUUCUGUUUGCAAUACGUCCUUCAGCUCAGAGUCGAGUUUUGAGCAGCACAAAGAAGCAUGCAGAGGGGAUGCUAGAUUCAUAUGCAAGGCUGAUAGCUGCGGGAAGAGGUUCAAGAGUAAGGACGCUCUGAAAAAGCACAAGGAAAAUGUUCACACUGGAAAUUCUAGGAAGAAGUUGGUGUGCUCUGUGUGCAAUAAGAAGUGUUCCUCAGCUACAAAUCUUCAAGAGCAUCGAAAGGUUCAUGAGAUCUUUGAGUGUCAGGAAUGUGACAAGAAAUUUAUUUCAGCUAACCAGCUAAAACGUCAUAUGAUAACUCACUCAGAAAAACGCCCCUACACCUGCGAGGUUUGCAAUAAGUCCUUCAAACGACUUGACCAAGUGACUGCACACAAAAUAAUACACAGUGAAGAUAAACCUUAUAAAUGCAAGCUUUGUGGAAAGGGAUUUGCCCACAGAAAUGUUUACAAGAAUCACAAGAAGGUACAGCACAGACAGCAGCACUGCAAGCUUCCCCCCAGUGUCUCAUCAAUAUGUCUCAACCCUGUUCUGGAUGAACCACCUAUUGAGACCCACUCUGAAGAGAGACCAUUCCAGUGUGAGGAAUGCAAGGCUUUGUUCCGCACCCCAUUCUCUCUGCAGAGACACCUACUAAUACAUAACAGUGAGAGGACCUUCAAGUGUGAUCACUGUGAUGCUACUUUCAAAAGGAAGGACACGUUAAAUGUUCACAUCCAAGUUGUGCAUGAUGGACAUAAGAAAUAUAAAUGUGAUCUGUGUGACAAAGCCUUUGUUACACCUUCAGUGCUUAAGAGUCAUAAAAAACACUCCUAUCUACCAGUCCAUAGAGCGGCAUUGGUGUCAGCUUUAGAAGAGGCCACUUGCUCAACUUCCUGGCCAGAGACACACACAGGGGAAAAGGAGAAAAUUUGCCCAUAUUGUGGACAGAAGUUUGCAAGCAAUGGAACAUUAAGAGUUCAUAUUCGGAGUCAUACAGGUGAGCGCCCUUACCAGUGUCCUUAUUGUGACAAGGCUUUCAGCAAGAAUGAUGGACUAAAGAUGCACAUUCGCACCCAUACAAGGGAAAAGCCAUACCAGUGCUCUGAGUGCAACAAGGCUUUCAGUCAGAAGCGGGGUCUGGAUGAGCACAGGAGGACCCAUACUGGAGAGAAACCGUUCCAGUGUGAUGUUUGUGAUUUAUCCUUCAGCCUGAAGAAAAUGUUGAUCCGACACAAGCUGACUCACAAUCCCAAUCGUCCAAUGGCUGAAUGCCAGCUUUGCCACAAGAAGUUUACAAGAAAUGACUACCUCAAAGUGCACAUGGAAAAUGUCCAUGGAGAAACUGACAGCUAACCGUGGCUUAUGCAAGAAGAGUGUGUCUAGUGUUCAAGAGUGUUCCAUUUGUACAUGUACAAACUCCAGACUUCUCACCUGAUGAUUGAUCAGAGACAGGAAAAAUAACUGUAAUAUGUUCACAAUCUUUUUUCCAUUUGGCUUUGUGUUUUACUUGAUUAAAAAAAUCUAGUAACAAACACAGUUUGAAGAUAAAAGAACUUUUAUUUCUCUUAUAAUCUACAGAGUUUUAUUUGCAGCCUUGGUACCUUAGAUCUUGGUGGUGUUAUCCUGAAAUUUUGGACAUAGAUCAUAUCUGAAGUUUCUGGAGCACAGUAAAUGCAGUUGGAUAAAUUCACUUUCAUCCUGAUUGAUCCAAAUAAAUUUUAUUCAGAUCUUAACACCACACUUUAUUAGAACAUAGUUUCUUCACACUUUUAGUGCCUUUAAUUAUUAGAUAAAAUGGACUAACUUUGUGGCAUCUCAAGGUCAAUUUAAUGUAUGGUACAGAAACUGCAGGAGUCUGCACUCUCACGCACUUUAACAUAAUCAGCAAGAAGGACGUAAUUUCUUCUAGUUGCCAUUGUGUGAGACAAGCCAAGAGCAAAAGCUGUGAACAAUUUAGGUUUUAAAACCAUAUUAAUGCCCACAGUUGUAACUGGCAGGGCUAGGAGGGAAAAAAAGCAUGGCUUCUGCAAAUACAGUUGUCUGGUUAAGGAAAAAAAAUGUGUGUUUAAUUUACUGGGAAAAAUGCUGUUCCCUGAGGUUUUAGCCUGUGGAAAUCAGCUGCCGUGAUUGUCCCACUUAAAUGGCUUUGGUUUUCAUAAAACUGUUAAUGAGCACCAGGAAAAAAAAUUGUGUACAACUGCAUAACAUUCAAAUUCUCCCAGAUGUUAGAUUAAGAUUUGUAUUCCACAGUUCUUAAAAAUAAUUCUCAUAUGCUAUCCAUGUAUGCUACUGUAUAACAAAGAGCUCAUUUUUACCUAAUGAGACCGUGAAAAGCAUAACUCUAGCAGUAGAUUGCAUUUGAGAUUCUAUACAAUUCCUCAUUAGUCUUCACAGCUAAACAUUAGGGCUCUGCUUUUGUGCUCACAUUCAUUUGUGGACCAAUAUUCUUAGGAAUAAUUUGUAACUAUAAACCUUGUUCCUGCUAAAAGCUUAUCUCAGUUGCUGAUGGGAAAUGUUGUAAACUUCUCCUUGGAUGGCAAUAGUGACCAGACAAGACACUGGAUGGAUGAGCAAGAGGAAACAGAAGGUGAAAUCCUGGCCUCACUGAAGUCAAUGGUAAAACUCAAUUUGACUUCACUGAGGACAGAAUUUCAACCACUGUUUCCAUUCUGGAAGGAAAUGAGGGGGCCAUUUCCCUAUUAAUGGUCUUAUGUGUAUUUUGGAUCCUAUUCCACUGGACUGCCUAUAGUCAAUUCUCAAAACUGAAGAGAAAAUUUGUAAUUAUCAGUAACAUUAUUAAUUUUCAAACAUGUGAACAGAACACCUCAUGGGUUCCUGUUGAAACUAAAAAGAAAGCAUAUCACUAAUAAGUGUGUUCUGAGGAACGGACUAUUUCAGGGGGUUGCCCACAUUUCCAUAGUGUUCACCAUAUUUUACUACAAGACUAUUUUUUGGACCACCUCCCUUCCCAUUAAAGUUGUAUAAUACUGUGGGGCAACUGUGGCAAUUGUUUACAUGGUGUCAUUUUGUAAGAAAUACUUUUAAUGUACUUACCUGUCUUUUAAUGCAAAUAACUAGCAAAUAACUAGCUGGAAAUAAGAUGGAAGCACCAUCAUUUUGGGCCAGACCAUAUACUCCAAUGGCCUUUUGUUUAGGCACCAUGUGACCAGCCAGGUCACAAGGGACCCUGUGCUCUUUCUGGAUCACACUAAAGUCUGUCCUCCAAAAACUUGCUUGUAAAAAUAGAAUAGACACAGUAAUAAGCCAAUGGAUAUGAUGCUACACAUAUAUAAGAUGUAAUUAUAAUGCAUGGGCCACUCUCAGUUCCGCUAAUGUAAAUCCAGUGUAGCACCAUAGAUUUAACAGUAAAUGAAGGAGAAUUUAUCACAUGCAUAUGUUGUCAUUUUAUAUUUGAUAUAUUAUAACCUAUGAUAUUUAAUUUUAAUUAAAAUAGAACUUAUUUUUCUAUAUUUUAUAACAGUUUGUGUCAAUGUCAUAUUUUAGGCACAAAGUAGGUGUUUCAUUUUAUAAUUCAUUAUUCAACAAUGGUUGGUUCAUUUUAUUGCAUUCUGUUUGAUUUUCGAAAUACAUAUUGAAUCUUAUUUUAUUGAAUAUGGCAUCUGUAAAUUUGGGAAGAGGAGAAUAAUUGGGAAUGUUUGUUAGUUUGGAAUCUCAGCUAUCUUUGUGACACUUCUUAAUGUAGAUUUCUUUAUACAUAGUUUGGUUUCUGAGAAUCUUAUGACAUUGAAGACUUACCAAUUUUGUCUGCUUAAUUAUAUAUAUUACAGGUGUGUCAGACAAAUACCGCAAAAGACUAAGUUGAAUUUAUGUUUACUCCUCUUUUAGGAAAGUUCUCGUGAGGGAGUUUACUGGCAAGGAUAUUUGCAGAAACAGAUUAUUUUAAAUUAACUUGCUGCUGUUAUUAGUACCAGAAACCUGAUACCAAGAGUUACAUUCAGCCAAUAAGUGAACAGAAACAUAA